AUGUGGGGACCCGGGGUCACGACCGAGGGCCUGUCGGUGGCGCCGGCACCGCCGCCGCUGCUGCCGCUGCUGCUGCUACUGGCACUGGCGCUGGUGGCGCCCUCGCGGGGCGGCGGGGGCUGCGCGGAGCUGGCGUGCGGCGAGCGGGAGCGCUGCUGCGACGCGGCCAACGCCACGGCGGUGCGCUGCUGCAAGCUGCCGCUGCACGCCUUCCUGGACAACGUGGGCUGGUUCGUCCGCAAGCUCUCGGGACUGCUCAUCCUGCUAGUGCUCUUCGCCAUCGGCUACUUUCUGCAGCGCAUCAUCUGCCCUAACCCACGCAGGUACCCGCGCGGCCAGGCGCGAGCCGGGCAGGGGCGGCCCGGGCCUCCGGGGGGCGCAGGGGCGCCGGGGGGCGCAGGGCCGCCGGACGACGACGACGACUCGCCGGCUCUCCUGCGGGACGAGGCAGCCGCCGGCUCGCAGGACUCGCUGCUGGACAGUGGCGGCGGCGGCCGGAGUCGGGCAGGCGGCGGCCGCUCGGCCCCCUCCUGCGCCUCGGAGCACGAGCUGCGCGUGGUCUCGCCAGUCUUCCUGCAGCUGCCCAGCUACGAGGAGGUCAAGUACCUGCCCACCUACGAGGAGUCCAUGCGGCUGCAGCAGCUCAGCCCUGGGGAGGUCGUGCUGCCGGUGUCGGUGCUCGGCCGCCCGCGAGGCAGUGGUGCCGGGGAGCCCGACGGCGGCGAGGGCCGCUUCCCGCUCAUUUGA